UUUUGCAGCCGUCCGUCCGUUUUUGUCUAAAAAUCGUCCCUUUUUAGAUUUUAAAUCGUCCGAAACACGAAGCAGGUACUGGCAACACUGGUCUAAUUUUUUAAUAUGAAGAUUCCAUGCCGUGGACUCAGUGGUCGCCAGUCGCCAGAUUUCCAUAGUUCAAAUCAGUUCCGUCAUCAAAGUUGCCUUUUAAGCAUUGUACCGCCCUACAUCGAAAGGUCUGGCAAGUAAAGAUAAUAAUCAGUACAAUGGAUACGACAAUGACAGCAAAUCAGGUUCGCAAAACCUAUAUAGACUUUUUUAUUGAAAAAGGACAUAAGUACGUUCAUUCAUCAUCAACCAUUCCAUUAGAUGAUCCAACAUUACUCUUUGCUAAUGCUGGUAUGAACCAAUUCAAACCUAUUUUUUUAGGAUCCGUAGAUCCGAAUUCAGAUAUGGCUCAGUAUGUGCGUGUUGUAAACACCCAGAAAUGUAUAAGAGCUGGAGGGAAACAUAAUGAUUUAGAUGAUGUUGGUAAAGAUGUUUACCAUCACACUUUCUUUGAAAUGAUGGGAAACUGGUCAUUUGGUGAUUACUUUAAAAAGGAAGUCUGUGCAUGGGCUUGGGAAUUGUUGACUCAAGUGUAUAAAUUACCAGGUGAAAGAUUGUAUGUUACUUAUUUUGGUGGAGACUCUUCAUCUGGUCUUGAACCUGAUUUGGAAUGUAAAAAUAUUUGGCUAAACUUGGGCCUCCCAGAAUCACACAUUUUACCAGGAAGCAUGAAAGACAAUUUCUGGGAAAUGGGUGAAACUGGUCCGUGUGGUCCUUGUUCUGAAUUACAUUAUGAUAGAAUUGGAGACCGUGAAGCAGCUCAUCUUGUUAAUAUGGAUGAUCCAGACGUACUAGAAAUAUGGAAUUUGGUUUUUAUCCAGUUCAAUAGAGAAUCAGAUGGAACUUUAAAAUCAUUGCCCAAAAAGCAUAUUGAUUGUGGAUUGGGCCUUGAAAGGUUAGUGUCUGUUAUUCAAAACAAAAGAGCUAAUUACGACACUGAUUUGUUUAUGCCCUUAUUUAAAGCAAUAGAGAUAGGUACUGGAGCACGACCUUAUUCUGGAAAAGUUGGUGUUGAAGACGUUGAUGGUAUUGAUAUGGCAUAUCGUGUCUUAGCUGAUCAUGCUAGAACAUUGACAAUCGCGUUAUCUGAUGGCGGUUACCCUGAUAACACCGGAAGAGGGUAUGUACUGCGUCGUAUCUUAAGAAGAGCUGUUCGAUAUGCAUGUGAAAAACUCAACGCCAAGCCAGGAUUCUUUUCAUCGUUAGUAUACACAGUGGUGGAAAUAUUAGGUGAUGUCUUUCCUGAAAUAAAAAAAGAUCCCAAAUCUCUUAUUCAGCUCAUUAAUGAAGAAGAGGUUCAAUUUUUAAAGACACUUACUAGAGGAAGAAACUUGCUUAAUAGAACCAUUGAACGACUUGGAGACUCUAAAGUUGUUCCAGGAGAUGUGGCUUGGCGUCUUUAUGACACUUAUGGAUUUCCUAUUGAUCUCACAAUGCUUAUGUGUGAGGAAAAAAAUCUCUCAAUUGAUAUGGAAAGUUAUGAAAAGGCUAGGAAAGAAUCUCUCCUAGCAUCUCAAGGUAAAACAGCAGGCCAAGAAGAUUUAUUAGCACUUGAUAUACAUGCUAUAAGCUACCUGCAGGAUAAUGGAAUAUCAAUUACAGAUGAUUCUCACAAAUACAAUUAUAAAGCAUCUACUCAAAAUAAAGAAGCCAUUUACAAUUUUAGCCCAUGCAAAGGAACUAUUGUUGCCAUUAGAAAAAAUAAGGCAUUUGUAAAUGAAGUUAAAUCUGGCGAAGAAUGCGGCAUAAUUCUAGACCGUACGAACUUUUAUGCUGAACAGGGUGGGCAAAUAUAUGAUGAAGGCUACAUGGUUAAAGUCGACGAUGAAACUGCUGAAAUAACUGUUAAAAAUGUUCAAGUUAAAGGUGGUUAUGUGUUACAUGUUGGAAAAGUAGAAGGUCAGUUUAAAUCUGGAGAUACCGUAAUGUUGCACAUAGACACUGAGAGACGAAGACUAGUGAUGAAUAACCACACAGGAACCCACAUUCUAAACAAUGUUUUGAGAAAAGUUUUGGGAACUGAUUCAGAUCAACGUGGAUCUCUCGUAAUGCCAGACCGUUUAAGAUUUGAUUUUACUAACAAAGGGCCAAUGUCUAUCAAGCAGAUCAAAGAUACUGAAGAUCAAAUCAGAAAUAUUAUAAAUGAUAAUAAACCAGUUUAUGCUAAACACACUAACUUAAGUGACGCUAAAAAAAUAAACGGACUGAGAGCCAUGUUUGAUGAACACUAUCCCGAUCCUGUACGUGUGGUAUCAGUUGGAAUACCUGUAGAGGAGCUUGAAAAAAAUCCCGAAGGGCCAGCUGGUUUCGAAACAUCUAUAGAAUUUUGUGGAGGAUCUCAUUUACAUCAAACUGGUCAUAUUGGUGAGUAUGUGAUUGUAAGUGAAGAAGGUAUUGCUAAAGGUAUUCGAAGAAUUGUUGCAUUAACAGGGCCUGAUGCCUUAAAAGCUUUAAAUAAACUAAGUAUUCUAGAGAACGAGGUAAAUGAUCUCGCAAAUUAUAUUAAUAAUCAAGGAGACAGCUUGAAUCAAAAAGAAAUUACGAAGAAAAUUGUGGAUCUAAGCAAUGACAUAUCUCAAGCCCAAAUAUCUUACUGGAAGAAAGAUGAAUUGAGGACAAUGUUAAAGAAUUUAAAGAAAGAACUUGACGAUAAGGAAAGAUCAUUAAAAGCCGCAACUAUUAAUCUUGUUACAGAAAAAGCUAAACAACUAUGCCUUGAACAGAAACAUUCUGAAGUUAUUGUUACAGAAUUGCAUGCACAUGGAAAUACAAAAGCUUUAGAUGGUGCUUUAAAGCAAGUUAAAGCAUUAUGUCCAAAUACUGCAGCUAUCUUCUUUUCAGUGGACAACGACGCUAAUAAAAUAUAUUGUUUGGCUGCUGUUCCUAAAAAUUUAAUAGAAAAAGGACUUCUUGCAUCUGAGUGGGUACAGUCUGUCGUUACAAUUAUGGGUGGAAAAGGCGGCGGAAAAGCAGAGUCUGCUCAAGCUUCGGGUAAUAAACCCCAAAAUAUUCAAGAAGCUUUAAAAAUAGCACAAGAGUUUGCUAAAAGUAAAUUAUCGUAAAAAUUUUCAUUAAAUUUCUACGCCAUAGGAACAUCAUAAUGUAUUUAACAAAACAUGAAUUAUUUUGUGAUUAUUUAUUUAACAUGCUCACAUCAGCUAUUUUGAUUUGCAAUUGAUUUUCAGCCUUAGUGGUAAGAUUGUAAGAUUUUGGAUAAUCUAUAGCUAUUGUCCUUACAUGUCUGCGUUUUGCAAUAAAAAGUGAUGAAGAAAAAUUUUUUUUUAUAUUUUUGUAAAAAAAAUGAACUCUACAUUGUAUAAACCUAACCAAUCCAGUAUAAAUAAACGCUUGUUAAAUAAGUAAAUUUGGCUACUGCUUAUCUGGCCCUACCAAACAUAUUUUUUUAGGAAGGAGGUUUUGAGGAGAUUGACCUAAAAAAUAGCGCUCUCUGACACCAGUGUGUGAAUUGAUUGAUUACAUAUUACGGCUUGGUUCUCCUAGGUGGACCACAGAUAUAUUAUCAUUAAGAAAUAAAUAAUACACUUAUGGUUUGUUUAAAUCUUAAUCUUCUCAUUGUAGUUUCUCACAUAAAAUCAUUAUUCCGAAAAAGUACCAGGAUGCCAUUCACGGCUAAGAGGGGUUAUACAAAAUGGAAAUAAAUAGUCUUUUUUUAAAACUGGUUCUAAAUAAGAUCUUUUUUCACUGUUUCAUAAUCAAAACAUAAAAGCCAUGUGUGGUCUCCUGGUACUUUUCAGGUUUUUUUCUUUUUGGGAAACUAAAAUGAGAACAUAAUUAUAAAAAAAGCGGCCAAGUGCGAGUUGGUCUCGCCCAUGAAGGUUUCCGUAGCAGCAAGUAACAUAAUAUAAAACCUGCCCCCCGCGCGCUCUGCACCCGCUACCGAUCAAGCCACGCCCCGCGAGAAUUAUAAUUAUUAUUUACUUAGACCUACCACUACGCAACUAUUACAGAUUUAUUAUUAGAAAAUAAUGGUUCACAGUUUAUGCAUAACGUUUAUGUUUAUGAAAUUAAAUGUUUUUUUUUUGUAUAUAUAUAUUUGAGUUGAUUGAAUGAAAGGUAAAUGGCCGUGUACGAUUUAUGACGAAUUAAAAAAACUACUGACUAGAUCUCGUUGAAACCAAUUUUCGGUGGAAGUUUGCAUGGUAAUAUACAUCAUAUAUUUUUUUAAGCUUUAUAAUUCUCUUAUUUUAGAAGUUAAUAGGGAGAGGGACACAUUUUACCACUUUGGAAGUGUCUCUCGCGUAAACUAUUCAGUUUCGAAAAAAAUGUCAUUUUUGAAGACCCUUCCAUAGUAUGGGUUUGAUGAAAAAAAAUUGUUUCAAUUCUAAUUAUUAUAUGGGAAACCCCAAAAGGAGAAUGGGCAUUAUGGUACACGCACCAAAAAUAAAUCAAUGUGGUGUCAUUGGAUAGGUCUUAUAAUCUGGAAAAAUAUUUACUAUGGUGACUUGUCCCAAAUCCUGUCCGAAAACCACGAGAAGCCCCCAAAGUUCCACUUUUAGUUGACAUCAUAAUUGCAAAAAUACGAUAUUAAUACCUAUGAUUGAAAACAUCAUGAGCGACAAAAUGAAUGAUGGAGAAAACCCAUUACAUUGCUUUCUUCAACCGAACGAUGUUUUUAUAUUAGAGCGCGGCUUCCGGGACAGCUUAGAUGCUAUCGAAGCAUGUGGAUAUGAAAUCUACGUUUCACCAUCUAAAUACAGAUGGGAGACGCAGUUAACUACUGAGCAAAGUAAUGAAGCUCGAUCAGUUACAAUAUGCCAGUGGGUAGUGGAAGUAGUGAACGGGAGGUUCAAGAGCAAUUUUAAGCUUUUGCGGCAAAAAUACUUUAAUAAAACACUACCGAAAAUGUUUAUUGAUUUUAAAAUCGCCGCAGCUUUGAUAAAUAACUUCCAUAUACCCAUCGAUGACAACACUCACGCAGAGGCCUUCCUAAACAUAAUCAGGGAAAAAACAGAUUCCCCAAAUAUACUUUAUGAUUAUGUAGAAAGAAAACGUUUAAAUCCGCUCUUCAAUUAUUUAAUUGAAGAGCGGAUUUUCAAAGAAUAGAAAGUCAAGACAUACAGAACUUCAUACUACUAACGGUAGAACAGAUUAUUUUACUUUCUUUAGGCACCUACCAGCUAAAGCUAGCACGAUCCUACUGCAGCGAGCGUUUGUCAAAUAGAUAAUACAGAAAUACCUACAUAGAGAAAGUUCACUCGAAGAUUUAAUUGAAUAUGGCAUAAACGAAGAUACUUGGCUUUUACGCGGACGCAUACAGUCGCGUCACGUACGAUCAAAAACUUAUUAUUGUUAUAUAUUGAUAAAAAAAAAUGUUAAUGAAAACCAAACCAAUAUUCAUAACAUUUUAUGCAAUUAUUACUGCACGUGUUUGACCGGACGACGAACAAUCGGCACUUGUACUCAUAUAGUUUCCAUCGUGUGGUAUUCAGUAUAUGCCAGACAUGAAGGCCUCACUGCUCCUGCAGCGUUCCUCAACGAUGUGAUUAUGGAUAAUGAUUAAAAAAUAAAUAUCGUUACUCACUUUUCCAUUUUUUUUUAAUUCCUGAAUCUUUAUUCAUUUUAGUACCUAUUUUUAUCAAUAGAUACAUAAUUCUAUACAAAAUAACAAUAUAAUACCAUAUUCUUAUAAAAAAACAAACAAAAAAAUAUACUUAACACUAAAUAAUUCCGUUCCGACAGCAAACGGAGACAAGCGACUCAGUUAUCCUUAGUCCUUGUAAAAAGACCUUUCCAACGAUAUACAUAUUAUGGCUAUUGGGCCGUGUACCAGGCUUCAUACAUCUUUGCCCAUUGUCCUUUAUUGUUUUUUUUUGUCCAUUUUUGUGUGAAAAUCUUAACGCGGGUCACAGAAUACAUCUACUUACCAAGUUCCAACAAUAUAGAUCUUAAAGGUUCGGAAAAAAGUGGUCACAGCCACUUUUUACGGAUAUUAUAAGGACCGAUAUGACGAAUCUAUAAGGGUUCCGUUUUCUGCCAUUUGGCUACGGAACUCUAAAAAGAUUCACUAUCACAAGUAAUUCAGGAACAACUAGUCAAUCAUAUAAAAAAAACUAGCUAAAUGGAAAAUAAAUAUCCAAUUAUCCCUACCAGUGCGGAUUAGUAGAAAUCUAAAAUACUUAACCCUACUGGUAGCGAUAAAUGGAAAAAACCCCAAGUAUCCCUACUAGUGGAAAUAUGUCGGUAGGGAUAUAUGGAACAGGGGCGAAAAAUGGGAACAGAGGCUAAGCUUCAUGCAGUGAGCAGUACUGGCGGUCUGUCGUCUCGCUGUAUUCAGCGAUAGGUACGAUACAUAGCGUACGUGACAGGUUAUGAAGUACACGUAUGAAGCUUUGUCACUGUGCCUUCAUUACUCAUGUGAUGAUACUACCACAGCGUUCUGUGCAUAAAAACUAGAUCACCCAUUCGCAAUCUCACAUCCGUUCUCAACUCUUCAGACAGUUUUCGAGAUAUUAAUGAACAGCCAUUCCUUCAACACGCAUUCCUACCAAACGUUGCUUUUAAUCUUUAUAAGUAGCCUGCAUAAUCAGCACGCAGCUUGGUAUGCCAUCAAUCCCUAUCUCUGCAAUAUACUCUAGGCCAGCGAUAGAUCUACGGCCCGCGAGCCAUCUCCGGCCCUCUAAUAGUUGAAAAAUCCGGCCCGCGACCAUCAAACAAAAAUAAAGGAUACUCAUCAAAUAGUACAUUUUUUCACAUAUUUCCUUUCCAAUAGGUAACUUCGCAGCAUAGAGAAUACUAGUAUAUAGGGAACUUCGCAGCAAACUCAAGAGGCAUAAUCGUAAGUGGUCCGCGCCAUAGAUUCUAAUAGUAAAUAUUAACACGAUAAGGAAAAGUUGCCCAUUCUUGCACUAGAAUCCGUCAAUGUUAAGUUUUAUACUAUAAUACAAAUUACAGUUUCAAGGUAGAAAGUGGCCCGGUUUAUUUGCUAACAAGUGUCUUUUACAACAUAUUUAGUUGAUUUUUAUUAGGUCAUUUCUGAUCGUAUUUAUUUUGCGAUUAUUUUUCCUACUAGAUAUAGUCACAUAGGUAAUAACUGAGAAAGUAUUACCUAUGUGACUAUUGUAUCAGGAUAUUUUUUGUAGUAUAACAAAAAAUA